UCGGUUAGUCGUCGAUAAAUAGAUAUACAUUAGCUUCACUUAGUUUUAACUAAGCUAUCGGGUCGGAAUAUUCGGACCUGCUGUGUUCGCUAGGAUUGACAAGGAGGAGGAAGUGAGAGAGGCGACGUACCUACGAUGUGUGACACCUCAUAAGAAUACCUCGGAUUCCUACUUAUAAGUCUUCGUCCUCGGACACCUCGACAAUCGAUUCUCGGAGUCUACGCCCAGUGUCUGGUUUGGUAUUGUUCUGCACACAGGGUUUCUAUGGUCUCCGGGUCGCUUAUCGGAAAAUCAGCCAUUAGUUUAAAGCAAUUUUCCUUUAAUCAUCUUCAAUGGUCGACAACAACAACGAAGAUAAAAGCAAACAGUUAAGAUCACUUGAGGAAACUUUGAAUCACUCAUAAGUACAUACUGAGGCGCUGGAGGCAUUGGAGCACUCAUGGCCGUCAAAGAAACAAAAGGUUUCUUGUCUUGAUGCUGAAUUCGUUGCAUGUCCGGAGUAUGUGUGCCAGUCAAAGGAAAGAAAAAAAAGAACACUCACGACUUGUGACAAUGAACGUCUCGUCUUUUUGUAAAUGACUUCUCGUCGUCUCGUUGUACAUAAAAAUACAACGACGAAGAAGAAAAGGAGGAGAAGGAAGAAAACAUUGCUGCUAUACUCCACCUGACAGAAAAAAAAAAAAUACCAUUGGAUGAAAGGGUAGCGAAUACGUCAGUGAGAGAGAAAAACAACGUUACUCAUCUACAUGUACGUAGCUCAAUAAGGGAUAUGGGUCUGAUGAUGAUGGUUUCCAGGGACUAAGUAUUAUUUGCAGUAAAGCUUUAUUUUGAAAGAAACGAAGAAAACAUCUAUAUAUUGUUUGUCAGUUAAGUCUCUCUAUCUUAAGUACGUGCUGUGCGUGUCUGUAUAUAUAAUUACAAGUGACAGUUGCCAGGACGUGAACAGUUUCCAAGAUGAGCAUCAUUAAAUUCUUCUCCAAGAAAAAGAACCAUCAGCACAGUUCCCAUCAGUCAGUUGACACUGUGGGCGAGAUUGGCUUGCCUACCAAUGUGUCUCACAAGUUUCACGUGAGCAAAAACGCCGAGACCGGCCAGAUCGAGGGUUUGCCCGAUUCGUGGAUCCGCCUUCUUAACACACAAAUCACCAAGUCUGAGCAGAAUGAACAUCCCGAUGCUGCGCUCCAGGCAAUCAAGUUCUAUAAUUACGCCAUAAGAAAAAAGCCCACGCCCCUAGAGGAAGCUUUCAAACCAUUUGUAACCGAGGACGCCAUCGAAGAGGAGUCAAUAGAAAUCGAUAGGGUACUGGCUAAGAAGUUCAAUACACAGAGGGAUUCGGACGGAUCGACGUCUGUUAGCUCAACAGAUAGCCAAGUACAGAGGAUACCACCUGCGCUGCCUCCAAAAACCCUCAAACCACCAAAACCUGCACCCAGAAAGUUUGUUGAAGUCAAAGAUAAGUCACUUACCCAGAUCUUUGAGGAUAUAAACAAUUGUCAAAUUAAUGAUUAUGACCGGUUACCCAAGGAUAAUAAUGGUAAUAAGCAGCCAGUCGAGAAUAGUGCUGUGCAGAAAGAGACUCCAGUUUUGAGGAGAAAAACCAAUAGCUCAUCCCCUAUGGGUGAUGAGGAUGUCUACGAAGAGCUAAAAAAAAUUUGCGACAGUGAUGAUCCACAGUUGAGAUUCGAGAGAAGUAAAGAAGUUGGAGCUGGAUCUUCCGGGACAGUCUUUAUAGCCACUGAUUUGUCUAAUAAUCAGCGAGUAGCGAUCAAGGAUAUUGACUUGUCAAAGCAGCCCAAAAAAGAGCUUAUGCUAACAGAAAUAAAAGUUUUGAAAGAGUUCAGACAUCCAAAUUUGGUGAAUUUCUUAAACUCAUAUCUAGUCGAUGAUCAUCUUUGGGUGAUCAUGGAGCUGCUGGAGGGUGGUCCUCUAACGGAUGUGGUAACAGAGACUGUAAUGAAAGAAGCGCAGAUUGCUGCUGUAUGCAGAGAAGUUUUAAAAGCUAUUAGUUUCCUGCAUUCCAGGGGCAUCAUACACAGAGACAUCAAGUCAGAUAAUGUUCUUCUAGGAAUGAAUGGUGAAGUGAAAGUAACAGAUUUUGGUUUUUGUGCAAAUAUUGUUGGUGACGAAAAGAGACAGACUAUGGUCGGUACUCCUUACUGGAUGGCUCCUGAAGUUGUCACAAGAAAGCAGUAUGGAAAGAAAGUUGACAUUUGGUCACUAGGAAUCAUGGCCAUUGAGAUGAUCGAAGGUGAGCCUCCUUACAUGAAGGAAGCACCAUUGAGAGCACUUUUUAUGAUAGCAGCCAAUGGUAAGCCUGAGGUACCCAGUUGGAAUAAUCUUAGUCCAGUAUUUCAAAAUUUUCUGGAAAGGUGCUUGGCUGUGGAGGUUCAUGACAGAGCAACGGCAGAUGAUUUGUUGGCUCAUCCUUUCUUGGAUAAUUGUGCAAAGCUUACCACUUUGAGCCCAUUAAUUCGUGCAGCACAGAAAAUUUUGCACAAAGUUUUUUAACUUCUUUGUUUAUUAGAUGAUUUUCGAGCAUUGAAUUGGUACUUCAAAAAAGAUUUUCGUGAUCUUACACGUUUUAUUUUCAUCGAGGUUCGUUGAUUACGAAUUAUUUAUAUUAUACAAUAACUUUCUGAUAAGAGUUUCCAUCAUUUUGAACAGUUUUAAUCAUAUGAGUAAGUUAAAAAAAUUUAUAAAAUUUGAUCCAACCUUGGCGUUUUUCUUCAAUUUUUACUACGUACUACGUCUUCGUUAAAAGAAUUUUUCGAUACUGGUAUACACAUCUAACUAGAGCCAUCACAACAGUCCCUUGAGUGCUGCUUCACAGCACUAUAAUGGGUCAUGUGGAAAUGACUUCCAAAAUUGGUAUUUAUAAUUCGGAGUUUAAAAUUUACAAAAACAAUUGUAAAUUUAGAAGCAGUUGCUUAAAGAAUGUUCUUGCAUUCCUAAAAAAGUCUGAAAAUGUGCAAUUUUAUAAGAUUUUUACUAAAUAGUACUUCCAAAAUCCAUGCAUUUUAAAAAUUGUAUAUUUUUUGAAUAAAACAGAAAUGCCGUACUUAUUUUGAGAGUAAAAUUAAAACAAACAAAAAUCGUAUCAAAUUGUAAACGUAACGAAAACAUUGCAAUUUUAAUUUUCGCCAAUGAGAUUAAAAAAAAA